GGGCCGGAGUUUCUCCCCAAGCCCCAGUCCUCUCGGACUCCUUCUCCGGUUCCCUUGUGGGUGGAGACGGCUGCGGCGGUCGCUAGACUCAGCAAAAGGGCGGAGACGCGGGGAGAAGCCGGUGGCGAGAGGGGAAGGGGCCUGGAUUGCCAGGAAAAGGCUCCAGUCCGGCUUUUGCCUCCGACUCCGGGCUCCUUCCCCGCCCGCGGUCCCUCUCCCGGCCCCGCCCCACCCCGCCCCCCACCUUGGGGCAGGUGAGCGGCGGCCAAUGGGCGAGCGCCCGGCAGGUGCCCGCUAACUCGCGCCUCGCUUCGCCGCGGCCGAGGCCCGGCUGGGCAGUGCCGGGCGGGGGUCGGUCCGGAAGGCUCCUGAGGGAAGGAGCCGGGCUCAGCCCCCGGACCAUAGAGGCAGCUCGCAGCAUCGCACCGAACCCGCUCCAGUGCCUGUACCGGGACCUGCCCGCUCGGCCGCAGGGGCCGGCGCGCCUGGCUGCGAGUCGUGGCCCGACUCCGCGCUCUCUCGCUCGCACGCCCCUCUCCGCUCCGCGCCCGGCUCGCCGGCGGGGGCUGUGCGCGGGCGGGCGGGCGGGGGAGGUGAGGGGUGCGGGUGUGUGUGCAUGUGCCUGGCUGGGUGCACACCCCGCACGGCGGCGGCGCCAGGACGCGGAGCGCUUCCCAGAGCCCCGCUGCCUUGCUCGGUUCUGGCGGCCGCGACCAUGUUCCAGCCCGCGGCCAAGCGCGGCUUUACUAUCGAGUCCUUGGUAGCCAAGGACGGCAGCGGCGGCGGGGGCACGGGCUCUCAUCCCCUAGCGACUGCCGCCUCCGAGGAACCGCUCCGGCCCACGGCGCUCAAUUACCCUCACCCCAGCGCGGCCGAGGCGGCCUUCGUGAGCGGCUUCCCCGCCGCUGCCGCGGGCGCCGGCCGCUCGCUCUACGGUGGACCCGAGCUCGUGUUCCCCGAGGCCAUGAACCACCCCGCGCUGACCGUGCACCCGGCGCACCAGCUGGGCGCCUCCCCGCUGCAGCCCCCGCACUCCUUCUUCGGCGCCCAGCACCGCGACCCGCUCCACUUCUACCCCUGGGUCCUGCGGAACCGCUUCUUCGGCCACCGCUUCCAGGCGAGCGACGUGCCCCAGGACGGACUGCUUCUCCACGGCCCUUUCGCGCGCAAGCCCAAGCGGAUCCGCACGGCCUUCUCGCCCUCUCAGCUGCUGCGGCUGGAGCGCGCCUUCGAGAAGAACCACUACGUGGUGGGCGCCGAGCGGAAGCAGCUGGCCGGCAGCCUCAGCCUCUCCGAGACGCAGGUGAAGGUGUGGUUCCAGAACCGGAGGACAAAGUACAAGCGGCAGAAGCUGGAGGAGGAGGGUCCGGAGUCUGAGCAAAAGAAGAAGGGGUCCCACCACAUCAACCGGUGGCGCAUCGCCACGAAGCAGGCCAACGGGGAGGACGUCGAUGUCACCUCCAAUGACUAGGGGUGGGUGGCCAGGAACCCACCACUGCAGAGUGCUGCUCGCUUCUGGCCGGGCCCCCGGGCGGGCGCAGGCUGGACUCUGGCCACUGCCGGCCCGGCUGGCUGCGGGGAGGCCUCGAGCCGUGGCCCCGGAGGGCUUGGAGCCUGGGCCACCACUGACAGAGGGACAAGCAAUGGGCCAGCUGAGGCCGGGGACUGCCCAGCCAGUGGCCCACCACCGCAGCCUCCCAGCUGCUCUCCAUUUCCCUUCUCUUAUCUCCUUUUGUUUUGAUGUGUUUCUGUUUUAAUUUAUUUUCCAGGAGCCCGCUAUAGUUCUUAGUGAUCCCCUUGUGUCUCCUUCCCUGGGGGGAAUAAUAAAAGUCUCUCUCUUAA